AUGUUUUCCCCGGUCGCAGCUGUUCCUGGCGAAGUGCUUGCCCAUGUUUUCGUCCAUUACGUUGCCGAUGCCGCGAAAAUAGAAGGUUUGCCAAUUGCGACCGCUAGUAUCUUUACUACAGAGGACGCGCAUUUGCGCUCUCGCCAAGCUCGCGCGGCCGUUACACUCUCCGGAGUGUGUCGAUACUGGCGCGACAUUGUCAUCGACUGCUCCAUCCUCUGGACGAACGUGAUAAUAAAUGAAUAUCCUAUGUGGGCCGAACUUCAGGUCGAGCGCACAAAGCAAGCGCCUUUCACUAUCACGCUUCCGCGUCUUCCAGACGGCUACAAGUCUUCCCUCCGUCGGGAAAUCACUCGCAAGGUGCUUCGCAACAUUGUUUCGAAAGAAAUCUGGCGGAUCGAAGGUAUCGACAUCGGUAUCUCUAUAGAUAAUGACACCCGCUCUCUCUUGAAUUCUCCCGCACCACUCCUCAAAUAUUUGGUAUUUUCCGCUGGGCAUGACCCACUGACCCCUCUUUCUAACAUCUUCAAAUUUGGAAAUGCUGUCAGUUUGAAUCAAAUUUGGUUAAAAAACUGUGCCCCGGCUUGGACCAAUGCCAUCAGGUCCAACACAUUGCGGCAUCUAGGAAUAUCAUAUCCAACUAGAAAGUUCUCCUUCACCCUACGCGCUCUACUGGAGAGAUUGCCGGCGCUAGACUCAUUGGAGCUAGAUCACGCUAUUCGAAGCAAAAUGGGGACGCCAGCUCGACCUGUUGAACUGCAGUCACUGAAGCGCUUGUAUAUCAUGGACAGCGAUGGAUCACGGUGCAAGAUGUUUUUGGAGGGCAUCAUUGCUCCGAAACUGUCUGUUUUGCGUAUGUUCGCAGUUUACGAGACGCUAGUGGAUCUUAUUGUCCCAUUCGCCGUGAACAUUCAAGCGGAUGAAAGCCUCGAUAUCAUUCAACAUGCCACGUCUCUGUUUUUGGGCUGUGGAUUGGAGUACCCAAAGUUCAUUCAAGAUACUUCUCACAUAAUCCACGAAGAGGAUAUCCGUGCGUGGUCGAGAUCUAUGGCCAUCUCAAAAGGAAGUUUUUCGGGCGGUAUGGUGGGGUAUUAUUAUAGGAGACCGCAUUGGCCUAAGCCGUCGCAUUGGAAAUCCUUGCUUCGUGCUAGUCACUUCAAGGAUACCACUCAUUUCCGCGUCUAUCGAUACGAAGACCUCCCGUCUCUCUUAACCGUACUUGCAGAUCCCACCUGUCUUCCAUCGCUUCGUACCUUGGAGCUCCAUAGUUCAAAUCGCUCAAGUUACUCCAAACGGCAAAUCUUGGAUCCUCUGAUGCAAUGUAUCUCCGAACGGACGGUUACGGGAUUAGUCGAGGUUCAUCUUAUCAAGUGCCCGUGGUUGACCAAGUCUACAAUUGACCGCGUAAAGCGACUGGUCAACUCAGUCCUAGUUGUAGAAUAA